AUGCGAACAAAUCCGUCGAAUUGUUCCACGUUUAUAAUUCAUUCGACAGAGGUGUGUGAUGCGUCAUUGCUAAUGGCGGAUAUCCCGGAAGAUGUGAAACUUGAACAAUUGUUAGAAUUACGGGAACAAUUACGAGAACAAAUCGAUCAACUUAAUGCGAAAAAUCCGCUCGAGCCAUCUAGCAGCAUGCGAAAAAUAUCAAAAUAUCGUCAUCCUGACAGAUGCCAAGCAAAAGCUAUCAGAAAGGCUGAGAAGCGCCCCAAUUCCUGCACAGUAAAUGGUUGCACCAACGAUAAGGUUGCAAAGGUCUCACUUACAGGCAUCAUGGAAGAUGAAAAAAGUGCACAGCCCAGUUGCAGUGGUGUGAUGAAGAAACCAGAUGAGAAGGAUCAUGGUACUUGGAUUUUGGAUAUUCCGGCAACACAUCGCCAGAAUAUGCAUCAAUAUCUUUUUCGAUAUAAGUCGGGAUUAUCGUCGGAUAUAACUGGCACAGAAAAUGGGUCAAAGAAAUUGAGUUUACAUUCAAAAAUUGAUGAAACAACUCCAAAAGAAGUACCGAAAGCGGGAACUAUCUGUACUACGAAAGUUGAUGACAUAUCGACGGAGGAGAGAAUGGAAGAAAUCUCACUAAGUACUUUAAUAGGUUCAAUGGAGGAUCAAACCAGAAAGAGUGACAUAAAUAAUGCUAUUAAUGUCCAGACAGGAAAUAUCUUAUCCAAUAGUACCGAAAACAAUUUUUCCAUUGCUGCUGAAAACUUAGUGCCAUUAGUGCCAUUACCGCCUCCACCAUCUCCACCUCCGUCCACACCAUUAUUACCACCGCCAGCACCGCAGCAUCAGUUUUUACCAUCAAAUGAAAUGAACUUGACAGACGAUAAGAAUAUAUUAUCGGAUAAGCAGCAAUCAGAAGAAGCUGAAGAACGCAGUAAAAGUUUAUCACGACCAGCUGAAGACAGUGGCAAUGAAUUAAAUGAAAUAGAUGGACGAAAUAAUGGAGAUAGGAAAGAUGCCUUCUUAUCUGACGAAGAUGAUGGUGAAGAUAUCGAUCUACUGUUAGAGAAACCAAUAGAGGAUGCUCAAACGGGUAAAGUGAUUGUGCCAGAAGAUGGUGAAGUACGAGAGAAAAUAGUAUUAGCAUAUCGCGGAACAGAUUAUUUUGAUGUAUUACCGGAGGGAUGGGUAGAAGUGACUCACAGUAGUGGCUUACCCAUUUAUUUGCAUAAAUCUACACGGGUUUGUACGUUUUCACGGCCGUACUUUAUUGGUCCAGGCAGCGUACGACAUCAUAAUGUGCCAAUUUCCGCUAUACCGUGCUUGCAUCAGCGACGCGUACUUAAAGAAAUAGAAGAGGGUGCUGCAGCAAGUGCAGCUGCACUGCAAAAUGCACUUUCCGAAUCGGUUAGUGUACAAAGUGGUGAUGGUGCAGUUGAAGAUUCUGCAUUAGUGAUGGCGCGACUACAAGCACCGGGUACGAAAGUUCAAACUGCUGAAGACUUCAAGGAGCGUCAGCUUGAUACACAAGCGUUACACGAUUAUGCGAAAGCUGUAUUUAAGUUCAAAAAAAUUCAGACAUAUCGGUUCAAUAAAUGGGCUGCAACACGUAAUUUUCAUCGCCAACGGAAACUUGCUGAAGCCGGAAGACUUGGGAAAAAUGCAUCCUCUAUUGAGCUUUCAGUUGGUCGUCCCGCAUUGCCCUCAAAUGUGAAGUUGAUUACGGUUCCUGCAUUAGAAGCAAAUCUGAAACCACAACAUCGUGGAUUUUUUCUUAAUCCACAAGGGAAAACAUCUGUCAGUGUGCUGCAUGAAUAUGUACAGAAAGUUUUGAAAAGUACCAUCAAUUAUUAUUUCUCAGAGACAAGAAAUUCAUCAAUGCCAUAUGGAUGCACCGCACGUUUGAAAAUGAAUUUAAAUAACCGAGUACUUUGUGCAACAAGUGUCAAGGAAAAAUUAAUGCUUUUGCAAGAAAAGCAAAGACGGGAACAGCGUUUACAAGAACAUGGCGAGCAACCAGAUGCUGAUUUUGUGGUUCUUGGAACGGGUUGCGGUAAUAGCAAAAAAACUUCCAAAUUGGAUGCCGCACGAAAUGCCUUGAAAGUUUUAAUACCAGAUGUAGAAUUUGAUCCAGAAGGCAUUGCUAGAAGCGAUAAGAAAAUGAAAGAUGAUGCAGAAAGCGAUAAGGAAGAUGCGGUAGCACUGUUUGAUAUGUUACCAAUAGAAGAUUCGCGAAUAUUUGAUUUAUCUGCUAGAGCUGGUCAACCAUCACCAUAUUUAUUACUUCAGGAAUGCUUGAAACGAAAUGCAGCAUAUGGCGAUACGGAGAUAAAGGUUCAUUCGGUGCGUGUCAAACAUCAGCGCCAUCAAUUCGAUAUGGACGUCGGGAAACAUCGUGUUUCUGUUAUAUGUGCAAAUAAACGUGAAGGCAAACAGAAAGCGUCGCAAGCAAUGCUAAAAAAAUUGCAUCCUAAUCUCGAUACAUGGGGUUCCCUCAUACGUCUUUACGGGCAUGGGACACAACAAAAGCAGCAAGAAGCGCGAAAAAGUCGACAGAGUAUUAUCAAAUUGCAAGGAAAUCGCACUAAAGAAAGUUCAGCAUUGGAACCAAAUAAUGCAAUAUUGGAGAAAUUACGGAUGGAAAUGUUGAAAUUAUCAAAAUCUAGGCAAUCGAGCAAAGCUUGUAAUGUACCGAAGCGACCAAAACUCUCCGCAACUAACGAACCGGUAGAUGAGAUACAAUCAGCCCAGAUUUCAGCCAAUUACGCUACAACACAUCCGGAUGCUUUAUCGGCUUUAAGAAUUGAUCUUUGA